UGCAGUGAGAGGAGGGAGGAGGAGGAGGAGGAGGAGGAGGGGGUGAGGGGGGCAGUCCGUGUCCACGCUCACUCACUGGUGCCAUUGUCAUGGAAACUAGACCACCGCCUCGCUAUUGUCUCGCGCUCUGCCAAGUUUAUUAUAAACACCGCGCGAGCCGCAGCGCGCUGUCAAACGGAGCGCGAGAGCAGAGCGAGCCGCAGUCCCGCGAGGAAGAGAGAGAGGAGACGGACAGAGGAAGAGACCAGAGGGCCGGGAGACAGCGACAGAAGUGCAGCAACAUCUGGAUUAUUUACCGAGGAAGAAAAACAAAACAAAAAAAAAAGAACGUGCCACACACAACCCGCGUGACAGUGAGAUAAACAGCUGGCAGGAGCUCGUGGAGGGAAAGGGCAGCAGUCCUGGGAGAUACUGGAGACACACACCAACUCUGCCCUCAGCACAACAAAGUGAAAUAAAAGUCUGAAGGCUGAAGACAGCAGAAACCUCUCCGCUCACAGCUCCCCUCGUCGUUUCUCUCGCGGACCGGUGUUUGCGCCGGCUCACCUCCAUGUAUAAGAUGGAUUACUCCUACCUGAACUCCUAUGACUCCUGCAUGGCGGCCAUGGAAGCGUCGGCCUACGCGGACUUCAGCUCCUGCAGCCAGGCCAGCUCGUUCCAGUACAACCCGAUCCGGAGCGGACCCUUCUCCAACCCGGGCUGCACUCCGCUCAGCACGGCCAGCUGCACCCUGGGAGCCCUGCGGGAGCACCAGCCCACACCUUACUCCUCAGUCCCUUACAAGUUUUUCUCGGACCCCUCCGGCCUGAACGAGAAGAGGAAGCAGCGGCGCAUCCGGACCACCUUCACCAGCUCCCAGCUGAAGGAGCUGGAGAGGGUGUUUGCAGAGACUCACUACCCCGACAUCUACACCCGAGAGGAGCUGGCCCUGAAGAUAGACCUGACUGAGGCCCGGGUACAGGUGUGGUUUCAGAACAGGCGUGCCAAGUUUCGUAAGCAGGAGCGUGCAGCCAACGCCAAAGCCAACAACUCUGGUGGCAACUCGGGCAGCACCAGCAGCAGCAGCUCUGGAGGGAAGAAGAGCGGCGAGCUGAGAUCUUCGUCCGACGACGACGAGUCCAAAGAAUCCACCUGCAGUCCCACACCUGACAGCACGGCCUCCCUGCCGGGCUCGGCCAACGGGAACUUGGGCAGCCCAGCCAGCCUGAGCCCCAGCCCGGCUCCUGCCAACAGCGGCUAUGCUAACACCUCCAGCUCUCCGGUUCUCCAGGGGCUGAAGCCGCCCAGCUGGUCCAGCCUGGGGCCGUCCAACCCUGCCGUGGCCCAGCCUGCCGUCCAGACUCAGGAGAUUCUGAAGGCCUGGCAGCCGGCGGACAGUAUGACCGGGCCCUUUGCCGGAGUCCUGUCCUCCUUCCACAGAAAACCCAACCCCGCCAUCAAGACGAACCUGUUCUGAAGCACAGAGGAAGAGGAAAUGAGAAACAGACAUUGUGUGUUUAACUGGAGCAGUGAGGAGUUUUUAGCUUUUGUUGAGAGUCAGGACCCGUCCGUUCUCACACUGGCAUAGUCUGCUGUAGUUCAGCGAGGCCCUCGGUUCCUCUCUCUAAAAAACUCAAAGCUCAGAAAACAAAGUCAAAAGGUCUGCUCACCUUUUCUCCCCCUAAAAAAUAUUAUGCAACCGCAAAACUCUCCACUUUCACCCUCAGAUCAGAGCCGCUCACAGACUUUGACAAGGAUCCACUCCUCCUCAGAUAAAACUAAAAAGUGUGUGUCUUCAUGUACAGUGUCUAAAAAGGAUGUUCGUGUGUAGCCGAAUCACAGUCGUCACAUUCCCACACUCACUGCGUCGCAACAAAGGCCUGCCGUGCACUCGGACAUCCACAGCGAUGAGCAUGUCGGUCAGGUACGAGUUUAAAGCAGAAAUCUAAACAUCACGCUUCAGUGUCUGCUGGGGAAACAAACACACUUUUACCCUCAAGCACAACUUCCUCUAAGCCCCCCCCCCCCAACCCCCCGACAUACAGACUCCCACCAGAGAGAACAGGGUCCCCCUUAAAUCCACCCCGCAAUCCAAUUAGGGCAGCCGGGUCCAGACCAGACACCUCCCCAGUUCAUCCCCUCCUCCUUCUUUACUGUAUUAAGUCCCGACUCCCCCACUCUCAUCGCCCCUCGAGGCUCUCUGUCCCAUCCUGCCUUUCUCCAUCAAACAGAGGGCACUUUGUUAAAAUUCGGCAAAGGAAAGAGACGGAGAACUUCAGACUUUUUCAGUUUCCUGCCUUGUUCUUCGGGUGGGAAGAGAUACACAGAGCACUGUGUAACCUACAAAUCUGUCAACCUAAUUGUUACUGACUUGUGAUGUUGGUACCAUGGUGCAACUGCUGGCUUCUCACUGUUGAAGAGUCUUUUUGAUGAUUUCUCUCCUGCUGGAUUGAUGGGAACAAACUCUAGUGGACUUACAACUCUUCAUCACCCACUCUGACUCUUUAGAUCACUUCCAUUACGUCUCCAAGUGCGGGACGAUCUUUCUCAGAAACGCAACACGAGCUUGUCGAAUGUUGCAACCAGUAGCAUGGAGGUUUGUCUAAUGCGGACACAAUUUAAUCAAUAGGUUUUAUGAACAUGGUCACAAAUUGUCCCCCUUUUUUGUGACAUUUAAAAUGAAGAAUUUGCGUCCAUGUGCGCAAAUCCUGAAGAUUGAACUUGUUCCUUUGCCGAUAUAUAGAAAGUUGUGCCCAGUAAUACCCACAUUUUGUUCCCUUUGUUUCCAUCUUUUAUUUGCAA